AUGUCUCGUCCUGGCACUACCUUAUAUGUCACCGGCUUUGGGCACGGGACUCGAGCUCGCGACCUUGCCUACGAAUUCGAACGGUAUGGCCGACUUGUGCGCUGUGAUAUCCCAGCACCGCGAACUCCGUCGAGCAGACUGUUUGCUUUUGUGGAGUACGAGAGUCGCCGUGAUGCAGAUGAUGCCUAUCAUGAGAUGCACAAUAAGCGGAUUGGCCGCGAUGACUUACUGAAGAUAGAGUGGGCUCGUACUCCUCCUUCUGCCUCCUGGCGUUUCGACUCUGGUCGUGACCGUCGGCGUGACCGUACCCCUCCCCGCCGUGGCCGCUCUCCGUCUCCUCGACGCAGCCGUGGCGACUAUUCUCCACGCAGGGAUGAAAGGUAUGAUCGGGAGUAUGACCGCCACGAUCGUGACUACGACCGUCGCGACCGUGAUUAUGACCGUCGAGAUCGUGAUUAUGACAGACGUGAUCGUGAACGCGAACGUUCUCGUGAUCGCUCUCGUAGCCCUGACGAGAGAGAUCGUGAUGUCAAAGAAGAUCGGGAACGCCGGGAUGAUGAGCGAGAACGCAAUGACGAUGACCGUGAAAACGCACCAAACGGCGAGGAAAGAAAAGAUAUUGAUCCCUGUCAAGUGGCUCCGUUAGACCCCCUGGCUUCUGCUCAUGAUGAACUGGACACCGCUGAGUAGGUUGCUCUCCUGUUUGGCUCGCUGAUACUCGAAAGUCGUAUAUCAGCCCGUCCUGGUAUAAUGACUUGCCAAUGGGAGAUGCGACAUCCUCAUUAUUCGAGGAAAUAUCACCGGUAAUCAGCUUUAACUAUCCUAUGUCCCCCCUAUAUCUGCCCAGUGCUUCUUGCUGUUCCAAGGUUCUGAUGCCUUGGCGUUCUCCCUGUUUUCCCUGUCCGGCUCACCGCUACAUGCUUAUUGGUACCCCUUAUGAUCGUUCCAUUGACCGACCCGUCCCGCCUUGUUUCAUUCGACGAUGUUACCCAUCGCAGGGAAGAAGCAAAGACUCCUAGUUGGGAGAGGGACGGCGCGGCCUAGAUGGUUUGUCAAUUUGUUAUUUAUCGUGGUCAGCAGCUCGAAACUUUCCCGAACGAACGUCGAGCGAGCCU